GCCACAGCAGGAGGAGAAGCCAAGAGAGCAGACCCUGACUGCUGCCGUCGCCAGUCCCGCCGCCGGACUGGAAACAGAGAGCGACGCACCAGACGUCCCCGCCAAGAAGGUGCAGGUCGACACCACCAAGUGCUUCAGCUGCACAAAGAAGGUCGGUCUGCUGGGCUUCAAGUGCCGCUGCGAUUACACAUUCUGCUCGAUGCAUCGCUAUGCCGACAAGCACGAGUGCAGCUUCGAUUACAAGACUGCCGGAAAGGCUGCGAUCGCCAAGGCCAACCCUUUGGUGUCGGGCUCCAAGAUCACCAAGAUCUAAACAGCUCGUCUCCUCCCCACCCUACCUCAAGCUUGGCCGAUGAACGAUCAUCUCCCUUCAAACAAAUAUAUAGUAUACCCUACCCCAAGGUAUUUUGCCGUGGACUUCAACCUCCCCUCCUCCUCCUACUACCCUCAUCCUCUCCUCCUCUACUCCUCAAUGAUGCUGCU